AAAAAGUUGAAAGCGAGGCGAAAAGAGUUCAGUGUCUGAUAAAUAUUUUUGCUAUUUUAUUAUUAUUAUGUCGAAAGACACAAAUCCAAAAGAGGCGCUUAUCAAAGCGGCCUAUGCUGAUGUACACAAGUUUGGCAGCAAUCAAGAAUACGAUAAGGCGGUGAAAGCCGUUAAUCGCAUUCUUGGAGUUGCACCUGAGGAUCAAACGGCGCUGCACUGCAAAGUUGUGUGUCUAAUGCAGUUGUCCAAGUUCGAUGAAGCACACAAGUUCAUCGAGAAGAAUCGUCUCAAUACAGUGCUGAUCUUCGAGAAGUCCUACUGUGAGUACCGCCUCAACAAGCAGCUGCAGGCGCUGAAGACCAUUGACGAUGCUGGUCUGCAGCCACUGCCGUCCAAGCUGAAGGAGCUGCGCACGCAGAUUUUGUACCGGCUGGAGCGCUACGAGGAUUGUCUGGAUUCCUAUAAGGAUAUUAUUAAGAAUACUAGCGAUGAGUACGAGGACGAGCGUCGUACAAAUCUCAGUGCAGUGGCUGCUAACUUGGCCCUGGACAAGACAAAGGAAGUGCCGGAUGUGCCAGAGGAUACAUACGAGCAGUACUUCAAUAGCGCUUGCAUACAGUCCAAUCGUCAAAAGUUUGUGGAGGCGGAACGCAAGUUGCGCACCAGCGAGAAACUGUGCCGUGAGUUUCUCGAAGAGGAAGGCGCCAGCGAGGAGGAAAUCAUUGAAGAACUGGACGUUAUACGCGUCCAGCUCGCCUACUGCCUGCAACAGCAGGGCAAGAUUAAAGAAGCCAGCGUUAUUUACGCUGAAUGCUUGCGCCACAAGCCCAAGGAUGCGGCUCUGGUUGCCGUGGCCAGCAACAACGCCGUGGUCAUCAACAAGGAUCAGAAUGUCUUCGACUCAAAGAAGAAAAUACGCGCUGCCAUGGCUGAAGCCUGCGAACCGAAGCUAACAUCACGUCAAAAGCAGAUUAUUGCUUUAAACAAUUGUCUGCUAGCGCUUUAUACAAGUGCCAGCGAUCAGGUGCAGCAGUUGACACAGAAACUGGUGCAGAGCUAUCCACAGGUGGAAUUUGAGGCACUGCUCAUACGCUGCAGCCAGCUGGCCAAGGACAAGAAGCACAAGGAUGCCAUCGAACAACUGCAGAAAUUCGCAGCCUCUCACAAGACUCAUGAGUUUGUCAGCAAGUUUGCCAUCAUUCAACUGCAGCUGCUUCAGGGCAAUCGCAAGGACGCCAUCGAGACGCUGCUUUCCCUGGGAGAAGCCAAGUACAAGCCUGGCGUUGUCUCUGCCUUAGUCUCUCUCUACCUGGGCACAGACAAUAAGCCAGCUGCAUCUGCGGUCCUCAAGUCUGCUGUCGAGUGGUAUAAGCAAAAUAAUGUGAGCAGCGGAGAUUUGUCGGAUAUGUGGCGUCAGGCUGCCGAGUUCCAUUUACGUGGGGGUGCCUCUGAGACCGCAGCCAGUUCCCUGGAGGAGCUGCUCAAGUUGAAGCCCAACGACAUGAAGGUGCUGGCUCAGCUUGUAAUUGCCUAUGCACAGUUUAAUCCCAAGCGUGCGCUUGAAAUAAGUCGCAGAUUACCAAAGCUUGAGACUUUGACCACUGCAUCCGAAAUCGAUGCUCUUGAGGCUGCCAACUGGGUUAUGUCCACAAAAGCCGUUAAGAAAUCGGCUAAUGCCAAGAUCGAACCCUCGCCAAGCACGCCCGCAGCAGAGAAGAAGAACACAAAUCGCAAACGAAAAGGAAAACUGCCCAAGAACUACAAUGCCGAGGUGGCACCAGAUCCUGAACGCUGGUUGCCCAAAUACGAGCGUACUGGUUUCCGCAAGAAGCGUGGCGGUGCUCGUGGCAAGGACGUCAUUAAGGGAUCACAGGGCAUGGCCACUGGAGCAGCUGAUCAAUAUGACAUGUCGAAUCGUGCCAAUUUGAGUAAAAAUUCACCAGCUACGCCAGUUUAUCAGGAGCCCACACCCGGACCAAGGCAGCAGCAUCGCAAGGGCGGUCACAAGAAGAAGAAGGGCGGACGUUUCUAAUCACUCAAAUGUGCUUUUAUUUUACACUGUAUCAAUUAUACAAUAUGACAACUGGUCUUGAAUUGAA